GAUAAACUACUUCGUUGGGAGCAAGCAAAACCAUAUGCUGACCAUAUUCGUAAUCAAGGAAUCAACCAAUUUUUAUCAAUGUAUAAUAAAGCAAAAGAUAGGAAAAAUGAUAGUUUAUUGUGGGGUGACGAGAUUGAAUAUAUGGUAAUUGCGUAUGAUGAUGGAAACAAGAACGUAAAGUUAUCAUUAAGAGCUCAAGAUAUUUUACAAGAAUUGCAAAAAGAAGUAGAGGAAACAUUGAGAAAAGGUGAAGUAGUUGAUGCAUUAUGGCAUCCCGAAUAUGGAGCGUAUAUGAUCGAAGGAAUACCUGGUAUUCCUUACGGAAGUUCUUUAAGAAGUUUGACUCUGGUUGAACAAAAUAUGAAACUUAGAAGAGAAAUUGCAUCCAAAUAUUUAAACCCAAAUGAAAGUUUAGUUACUUUAGUCGGUUUCCCACGUCUCGGUUGCUCAGGUCAAUUCUUAGAUCCUCAUCAUGAGCCAUUUGGACCUGAGUCAAGAAGUUUAUUUGUGCCGGAUGAAGCCAUAAAUUCACAUGCUAAAUUUCGAGCAGUGAAUGUUGGUCUUGAAAGUCGUCGAGGAUCGAAGGUCGCUCUCAAUGUUCCGAUUUUUCAUGACAAAAAGAGUCAGAAUUUAUUUAUUAACUGUGAAGAAGCUUUACCGGAUCAUAUAUAUAUGGAUGCGUCAGUUUAUGGGGGCUAUUUGUCUGACAUAGAUUGUAGAUGGACUGUACUUGCAGAAAGUGCUGAUGAUCGUACAAAAGAAGAACGGGUAAAACCUGUUCCAAAAUUUAAUCCAACACUAACUGUAACCUAUGCUUGUCUUUCAUCAAAGCCUCUUAAGAAUGAUCGAUUCUUAAUAAAUAAGUCACGUUAUGAUUCGAUAGCUUAUUAUAUAUCAACCGAUAAGGCUCUAAAGACGGAGUAUAAUGAUCUAAAUUCUGCGUAUGAUCCAAAUAUUUAUAAAAAACUAACAGAUAAUGGGGUUGAUGAUCUUUUGGCACGUCAUAUAUCUUAUUUAUUCAUCCGUGAUCCUCUUUUUGUUUUUGAGGGAUCGUUAAAUCAAGAUAACGAAUCGUCCACAGAACACUUUGAGGUUAACCUUAAUUCAACAAACUGGCAAUCAGUACGUUUCAAACCUCCUCCACCAAAUUCGAAUAUUGGAUGGAGGGUAGAAUUUCGCUGCAUGGAAAUUCAGACAACUGAUUUUGAAAAUGCUGCAUUCGUGGAUGAAAAUAUAAUGGUUGCUUGUAAGAGAGAUGCAUUAAAUGCUGAAAAAUUUUGGUUCAGAAAGAGUGCAUUUGCAAAUAGUGAUGGAAUUGGAGUUGACUUUACUAAUUAUUCUAAUUAUUUAAAUCUCCCUGUCUAUAAAGAUGAAUUUGAAAAAAUGACCAUUAAUGAAAUUAUAAAUGGCAAUAAAGAUAAUAAAUUUCCAGGGUUAAUUAAGAUGAUGCUUCAAUAUCUUGAAUCAGUAAAUAUUGAUGUUGAAACAAGAUAUCAGUUGGAAAAGUAUCUUGAGUUUGUUGGCAUGCGUGCUAGCAAAAUUCAGACUACAGCGACAUGGAUAAGAAAUUUCGUGCGAUCCCAUCCAAAUUAUAAUCAUGAUUCAAUAGUAUCUCAAGAAAUUAAUUAUGAUCUUAUAAAAACGAUAGAAAAGAUACAAAAAGGUCAAAUUAAGAUGCCUGAAUUAUUGGGGGCCUGA